GUCAUUCACUUGUUCAGUGCGCUUGAGUGCUCGGUGCUGUACUGACCUCUCGUAGUACUUAUCAAAUUACUUAUAAAAAUAGAUCGUAACCGUGACUGUUUGUAUCUAUGGUAUAAGUACGAAGUUUUUAUAUCAAGAAAAACAAAUCCGUGACAAGUGACAGUUAAUACAGGAAAGUUCAUAAUUUAUUUAAAACAUAAUAAAAAGUAAACCGGGAUUUUAGGCAAAAUUAUCCAAAAUGGAAGGAACAAUCAAACUGACUGACUUAAUACAAAACAAAGGUAACUUCAGUUAUUCAUUUGAAGUGACUCCAGAUGUUUCCGAAGAAGAUAUUGAUAACUUAAAAGUGGAACCUCUAUUCUUCUCGGUUACUUGGCAUGCAAAAAUGCAUCAAUGCAAAGACUUGAGCAUAGCCCCUUUAAAAACUGCAUUGCAAUUGAAAAGUAAACAGAAAAAUGUACUCCUUCACUUAUCGUGUGACAUGAUGACGACUACUUAUUUAACUGAUCUCCUGGCCAUGCUGCAAGAAAAUGGAAUAUGCAACUUAUUCUUGGUUUUGGGCGAAGGAUUUUAUCCAGGUAAAUCAGAUUUUAUCAACACAAUAGAAAUGAUAAAAUUCAUCAGAGAGAAAACAGGACAAUAUUUCUGUAUUGGAGUCGCCGGACAUCCUGGCUGUUCUGAUGAAAAACUCAAACAGAUCAAACAAAAAGUCGAUGCUGGAGCCAAUUUCAUCCUUACACAAGCAUUCUUCGAUGUUGGUGUCUUUAAAAAUUUUAAAGAGCGUUGUGAGAAAAUAGGAGUCCGCGUUCCACUCAUACCCGGAGUGUUUUCUUUUGAAACGCCCAGACAAUUAGACGGCUUCGUAAAAAUGUGUAAGAUAAAAGUAUCUGAAGAUUUAUUAAAGGCUGUCGGUGAUAAUGAGAAAAUGAAUAAACCUUGCACUGACAUUAUAAAGGAGUUAAUAAAACAACUAAAUUCUAUUUGCAACAUUACUCAUUACCAUUUCUUUACUAUAAAUAAAUUGAAUGACGUCCAAAAAUUAAUUGAAGAAUUAAAGCAAUGAUUUUUUACCACAGUCUAUUAUUUUUCCAUGACCUUUACGUACCUACCAGUAGGAAUUAACCAUUAGUCAGUAAACGUAUUAUAAUGAACAUAAUAUAGUAAAUGUAAUAUAAUAAAAUGAAUAUUUAUAUGCAAUUUAAAAAUAUUUAGUUCAAAAACAAAAUCACUAAAGGGACGGUUGGCGCAGUGGCACAGGUUCGAUCCCUGCACAGAACACUUUCGACUUCGGAUAGGUAUUUAAUAUCUAAUUAUUUUUCUUGUUCUGGGUUCUGGCUACACUUGCUACAUUUGUACACAUGAGAAAAUCAUAGCGAGGGGCAAUGUUUUUUGUUUAGUUUGGCUAGGAUGCCUUAAUUAAUUUAAUGAUCGUGCAAAGGAACGUAAACGACAUCGAUUAACUGACACUACUGACAGCUGUCAGUGUCAAUAAUCUAGUGUACUUGAUGAGUUUGAGGUUAUGCUGGGCUGGUGUAAAGAAAAGGAUAAAAACUUCAGAUAAAAAUUGUGGUAAAUAAAAGUUACUACAGUUAUUAUUUCGAGUAAUCAUUUCUGGAGUGCUCGUGCGUGUACAAACACGGUGAAAAAUGUCGUUUCCCGAUAGAGAGCAGCGGAAAACAUGUUGGGACUCCAGAGAUCGUUACUGGGAAUGCCUAGAUAAAGAAAAUGUUAAAGAUAGCUCCGAGAAACCAAAGGCAUGCUUGGAUUUAAGGAAAAUGUUUGAAAAGUCCUGUCCCACUCAGUGGGUCUCUCAUUUCGAUAGAAAAAGAGACUUUAACAUGUAUAAACAGAAAAUCCAGAAAGAAGGCUAUGAACCCAUUAAGGAAUCAUAGUUUUAAUGUAUAAUUAAUUUGCUGUCAUAUUGUAAAUAUAGAAACUGUAGUAAAUUAUGAUUUAUCAAUA